CAGUCCUCGCCGCUCGGAGCGCGGGACCUCAGCGGCGCGAUGGUGGUCCUCCUCGGGCGCAACCUGCCUUCGCUGCUGGCGCUCUUCAAGAAGCGGGGUGCUGCCAAGGCGGAGCACGAGAAGCGGCUGAGCGUCCAGUGCAAGGCUGGGGAGGAGCAGCCCGACAAUGUCUUCUUCCCCAGCAGCCGCCCGCCACACCUGGAGGAGCUGCACAUCCAGGCCCAGGCGGGGCUCAGGUCUUUGCAGAGCCAAGAGAAGCAGAAGCAGGCCAAGCGGGGCUGGGACCGCAGCGACGCCGGCAGCGUCCAGUCUUCCUGCUCAUCCACGGACGGCGAUGACCUCUCGAUCCAAAGCCAGGCCCCAUCAUGCACAACAGAGAUGACCUCCGACGAUGCCCUCUCUAUCCGCUCAGAGAUGAUACAGCGGAAAGGCUCCACAUUUCGGCCUCAUGAUUCAUUCCCCAAAUCCUCUGGAAAGGGAGAGAAGAGGAGGAGGGAGCGGAGGACGACUGUUCUGGGCCUCCCGCAACAUGUGCAGAAGGAGCUCGGCCUGAGCAACGGGUACGACGCGAAGAAGCGGCCAGGCAGCAUCGCUGCGCAAGCCAGUCCUGCCUCCCAGCCCCUGAGGAACGGAGGAGGGCUGCCCAGCAACACCCUCCGCAUCCCCACCUUUGACGGGAAGCCGCAGCCGGCCGUGGUCCCUGAGGGCGGCGCCCGCGUCUCGCUCCAGGCCCUGGAGGCCAAGGCGGCCGACAUGUCCCUGCAGCGCCACAUCGACCGCGUCUACUACGACGACUCGCUGGUGGGGCGCAAGACGGCCACCAAGCUGUCCCCUCUGGCCAGGCCCAAGUCCCUGGCCGUCCCGUGGAUGACCACCCGGCCCGCCUCCCCCGAGCGGCUGAGCCCGCCGGUCCUGUCCAUCUCCCCACAGGGCACCUACCUGUCCAAGAUCAUCCCCAACGCGGUCCUGCCUCCCAUGGUGGACGUCAUCGCACUCUCCUGCAACAAGGUGCGCACGCUCAGCCGCUGCAGCCUGGCCACGGCGAGCCCGGCCCCCUCGGCCCGCUCGGUGGGGCGCUUCCCUGCAGCCCCCCGCAGCCAGGAGCACUCCUCCUCCAGUGACAGCUGGAGCCACUCGCAGUCGACAGAGACUAUCGUCUCCAACACCUCCACCAUCUCGUCGCACGGGGGCACCAGCGGGAGCAGGCGGGGGGAGGGGGGGCCUGGCGACCCAGCCCGAGCCGUGGCCCGGCCAGAGCCCGACCGGCUCAGCACCUACAGCUCUGCCAGCGGCACCAGCACUGGCCGCACCCAGGCCAGCGUGGCCCCCGCCUCCCCCAGCCUCCUGAUGGUGCGGCCAGCGGGGAGCAGCGGCCGGGCCUCCCCGGCCUACAGCACCGGCAGCGCGGCGGACGGCUCAGACAGCGUGAGCGUCCGCAGCGACCGCUCCUCGACCCGAAGCGUUUCCCUCCGGAAGCUGAAGAAAGCCCCUGUGCCCCCACGGAGGACGUACUCCUUGCACCAGAAGGCCCAGCGGCUGGAGACGGAGGGAGCCCCGAAGGCGAUGGGCCUGCCUCCCAAGGCGGAGCGCAGGCCCCCGCGGGAGAGCGGCGAGGCCUGGGCCACGGCUCACCGGGGGGGCCCCCGCCUAGCAGCUGAGGACGAGGUCUUCUCCCCGCCCUCGCCCAGCGAGACCGGCAGCCUGGCCUGCUCCCCGGACUUCUCCCGCAGGGGCCCGGUCACUGCAGACGCGCUGCACGAGGUGGAUGGGCUGCGGGCCAGCGAGGCUCCGGAGCUCCCCUCCAAGCACAGCUCCCCCGGCCGCACGAUGUCCCCCUCCAGCGGGUAUUCGAGCCAGAGCGGCACGCCCACCCUCUGCCCCAGGGGCCUGGCUGGGCAGGCCUCCUCGCCUGGGAAGAAGCGGCUGCAGCCCAAGAGACCCGAGCGGGUCUGCUCCCUCCAGUCCCCAGGGCUCUCUGUCUCCUCCUCCCUGACGUCCCUGUCCUCGUCCGCCUCGGAUCCGGCCCCAGCUGAGGCGCCUGCCCUGCCUCCCGCCGGCGCCCUCCCCGCUGCUGCCCCUGCGGACAGGCUCGUGCCUCCUCCGCACCCCAAGGUCCCGGCCCCUGUCGCUCUGCCCCCCACCAGCGCCCCUGCCGCGCUCAUCCCCCCGCCGCCCGAGCCCAGAACGAGCCCUGCCGCGCCUGCCUCCUUGCCCGCCCCUGAACGGGCCGGUGCCCUCAUGAGGCCCAGCAACGGCUCACCCCCUCCGUCGCCCCCUCCAGCUUACCACCCACCCCCACCCCCAGCAAAGAUGGUUGGUGGGAGUCCCGAGGUCGCCGCUGCAGCCCCCUCGGCAGCUGAGCUGGAUGCUUCUCUGGAUGUGCUGUGGCCCCCGCCGCCCCCACCUGUUCCGGACGAGCAUGACCUCUCCAUGGCCGACUUUCCUCCCCCGGACGAGGCCUACUUCUCGCUGGCCCCGCCGGGGGUGCAGUCGGCGGCUGUGGAAACACCCUCUGUGGAAGCCGCAGGGGCCGCCCUAGCCGGGGAGCAGCUGGCCAGCCGGGGAGCAGCGCCCCCCGCAGGGAGUGCCACACCCGUCGCCUCGUCUGCCUUCUCUGCGACGGUGCCCUCGAAGACUGAGCGGCAGGGAGCCCCGGACGCCCCGCCACUGCCAGCUCCAGAGGCUGAGCCACCUGCCCCCCCCAAGCUCCCUGUGGCAGGAGACCCCUCCAGCUCACAGCCGAGCCCCAGGAAGCCUGCGACACCUGUGCCGGCAGCCCCCCCACCCUGCAGCGCCCAGGCCCAGCCAAGCCUCAAGAAGCCCGCCGGGGACCCUCACCCUGACCUCAGAAAGGAGCCGGCCACUCGCAGCAAGAGUGGCUGCGUGCCAAAGGAGGACGCCAGCCUGCCCAUUGUCACGCCUUCCCUGCUGCAGAUGGUGCGGCUGCGCUCGGUCAGCGUGGAUGCCCACGGGCCCGUGGCGAGUGCCGGCGCAGCCACGUCUCCAGCAGAGCAGAACGGGCCCGGCUCGGGCGGCGGAGGCAGGCCGGGGCAGCUGGCUCCCCAGAAGCCAGUCCGCAAGUCGCUCUCCUUGCGGGUGCCCCCGUCUGCAUCGAAAGAGGCCACCUCCACGAACGCCCUGUGUGAGGCCGUGCGCCUAAAGGCCUCCGCCUUGUCUUCCCGGGAAGCGCCCAGCCUCGGAAUGGCUGAGAGGAGGGCCAGCCACCAGCCUGCCCUCUCCACAGUGGCAGCCCCUCCUGCCGGCGAGCCCAGGGACGGCCAGGUGUCUCCCCUGCACAAAUCCCCAGCUUCUACAGCCAGCUUCAUCUUCGCAAAGAGCUCGAAGAAGCUGGUCAUCGAGACCGCGUCCUCUCCGGAAGCCCAGGCCAGCCUGAAGAAGAACCUGGUUGCUGAAUUGAUGACCGUCUCCAGCCAGCACUCGCUGGCUGCCUCGGGGCAGGCCCAGAAGCCCCAGAAGGUCCCCCCUCCCAUAGCCAAGAAGCCUUCCCUUGGACCAAGCCACCCGCAGUUGCCCUGGAGCCCAGGACCACCCGGAGCCGAGCAGCGGGGCUCCCUCCUGCCUGCGUUUGGGGCGAGGACUAGGAAGGAGGGGCCUGGCAACCAGGCUUCUGGCGGGAGGGCGAACAGUGACAGCCUCCCAGCAGGGCCGGAAAUACCUCUGCAGAGCCCCCCAGCACCAGACUUACGGGAGGAGAUAGCAUGAAGGAAGACCCUGCGGUACAGUUGCCCCAGACACAGGAAUUUUAAAACAAAUAUCUCAGGGACCUGCGCAGGCCAGAGGAUGAUCCUGGACGUGGUGAGAAGAGAAACCGCCUUAGCCUCUGAUGGCCUUGAUAUUUAUGCAAAAAUUGUGUCGGCUUCACUUUUUUUGACAAUACAGCUUUAUUUUACAUCUGAAGACAAAGUAGCACAACACCCUUCUCUGCUGCCGCCUCCCCCUUUCCCUUCCUCGAGGGGUGCCGUCUUGAGCAGCCUUUCCUGGCUGGCUUGCAGGUGGUUUGUGUUUCCCGUUGGAGAUUUCGUGCGGGAGGAAAGGCUUGGAGAGAGCGCGUGAGAGAGGAGACUGCGGCGUCUCUCGCUGGCUUGCCCGACGGCACCUACUGGAGAGCGAGACAAAGCUGAAUCUGCUUGGCGUGCUCUUCAGAGGAUGCCCCCCUCGUCGCAGUUGUGUUGUCUGCUGGUUGUAAGUGGGAACCGAGUAGCGUGUGCAUGCCCGGCCUGGUGCAAAGUCGAAGCGGACGCCGGAGCCGGAGCCGGCUGGAACAGCCACCGGACAGCCGCAGCUGCCCUUCCCCAGUGGCACAGGAGCCUGGCUCGUCCCUGCUUCCACCUUGGACUGCUACAAAGGUGCUGCGGGGGCCACAGCACAGGCAGGCUCCUCCAGGGGGUUCUCUGGGGUUCAGGCAGAGCGAGGAGGACUCCUAUGGCGCACACUGGGGCAGCACCCGGCACGGUUGCACGUUGCAAGGAUUGGGGCACAGCACGGGAGGGAGGUGGCGCACCGCGUGGAGAGCCCCAGAGCUGCGCCAGUCUCCUCUGUCUCUGUGCCCGGGAGUGUCCUCCUGAGGUUUUGGGUGUCCUUGGUCAGCCGGGGGGUGGUGCGGCAAAGAUGGCUCGCAGGGGGCUCUUUCCGAAGAGAACAGGGCUGCCCAACCCAGGAGGAGCUGGUGCCGAGCGCUGUAGGAAGUGCUGCUCUCCAGGCGGUGGGCUUGGCUUCUCACUGCCAAAAUUGGGCCGGUCCAUCAUGCACCAGAACAUUCCAGUCCCAGAGAUGUUGCCUUGAGUCUGACAGACUCCGUAACUUAGUGAGCUCUUCUAAUUGCAAUCCACAAGCAUUCUGUGUUGAGGCCAAUGUUAAGUCUCACUUAAUUCACAUAAUAAAUCUACUGUUAAGUCUGCCUAACAUUGGCAGCCCACCCCCUCCGCUCCCUCCCAGGCCCCCACCCGGUGGAUGCCGUGUGAUUUUGGUAGUGGGAGUUGCAUUUUCUGCGGUGGCUCCCUGGCCGCUUCUGGGAAGGGUUAAGAGGGCAGCGAAGGGAGGGAGAACAGUAGAGGACUGCUGGAAGAACUUGGUGGCCCAUCCCAGCUCUUCGGGGAGCCGAGAGGGAUCUCUGCCUGGAAGCCAGGCGGACAGCAUGGCCCAUGUGCCACGCAGACCAAAGGAGGCUGGAGGCAAAUGGCUGCAAACGCAGCAGCAGCACCGCUGCUUUGGGGUGUGUGUAUUAAUUUCCUUGCCCUGACACUGCUACGCAGACAGUGCUGAAAUGCUGAAUUUGGGGGUGCAGGGGUGCUCAGCAGGAAGGCCCCAUAAUUCGUCCCCAGGGAGAGUACAAGACUGGGCCGCUGCUGUUCAAGCCUUUUCUUCAGAUCAAGCCAUCCUGAAAUACCGGGAAAUGCUUUUCCUCCCACUCGUACCUGCAGCUCAACCCGAGGGAAUAGAAAGUCUUGCAGGGCCAAAUUACACGGGUGCCCUGGCCACUAAAGCAAGCGUCGGAGCUGCCUCUCUCCCGGCUCUGCGAAGCCUGGAGCAGCAGACGGGAAGGCCGAGGGUGGUGCCAUUCUCACUGCGAGGCCCUGCCCAGGAAAGCCCCCGUGUCGCGGAGGGCGUGCCAGGCGGUGCCACCGCAUGCCAGGGGGCCACCCUGUGGUCCAGGUUGGAAUGCUCCUCCGUAGCUGCGUGUUUGGAGAACCGGGCUCUGCCUGUGCGCAGUCCUCGGCAGUGCUCGUCAGCCAUUCCCGGCCCCCACACAGAGGAAUGGCUGCUGGGGCAGCCAGCCGUUCCUGCAGGGGGAGGUGGAAAACCCUCAGCAAGCAGAGGAGCAGCCCUGGCUCUCAGGUGGACUGUCCCGGCGUCUCUGGGAAGGCCGGAGGACCGCCACCAGGCAGCCUCCGGGCAGUCCCGUGUGGCAGGCAGCGUGUUCUGGGUGUGCUAACACGUGAGCCUUUUUGCUGUGGCCUGCUUGUGUUGGUACCUGGGAUGCCAGAAGUAGUGCUCGGCAUUUGCUCUCACCGGCCCAGUAUGGCCACCUGCACCCUGUGAUGGUGACUAGGAAGAGGUGGGCCUGCCAGGGUGACCCCUGAGUUGCUGCCAGGCUGGACUGUCCAGCCACCCCUCCUCCGCUUCUGGUACCGCUCCACUGACCGUGUGUGCCUGGUGUUGCAAAGCCCCACAGCGGCCCUUUCCCAGCUGCAGCCGCUGUCCAGCCCAGCCUCUCCUCUUGCCACUCAAGCGGGGUGCGUGUGCGCACACGCAGUGGCUUCAUUUGCCCCAGAGAGGUGUGGGGAGGCCCAAGGUGGCGAGCCUGCAAGGGGAAGCUCUCCCCACUCCUCACCGGCUGAGAGCAAACAGCACUUUGAAGGGAGGGAAAGGGAACGGGGGACAACAUGGUUUGGGCGCAGCAUUUAAAAAUGAGACCAAACAUCUCCCAUUCCCCCACCACCUUUGUUUCCUGCUCUCUAGAAAUGUUAGAUGACAGAUUUAUAUACUUUAAAGUCCUGGGGUCAUUUGAUUUGAUUUCCAUGAUUGUGAAACAGGAAGAGAAAGAAGAAAUCUGCCUUUGAAAAAGGGAGUAAAAAUGAUGCUGAACUCCAUUUUUAAAGAAAGUGUCUUUGGAAAGUUGAAUGAUUAAAGCUUGCUUGCUGACUCUUUUA